CCCACCUGCCCUGCGGUCCUUGGAGGCAGCACAUAAACAUUUCGUAACUCAGCAUGGCCGCUCCGUUGGUCAGGAUCUUUUCUAAGUCUUGCAUCAGACAGAUCUCCCGACCAUGGGGGUCAUGCCAGGCUGGAUGGAGGGGCAUGUCCACCAGAUCUGCCCCAGACGUGGCUGCACACGAGGGGGCUGGGCUGGGCUCCUUCGCUCCCCUGCAGACAUACUCUGAGGAGGAGAACAUGAUGAGGGAGACAGUGAAAAAAUAUGCACAAGAGUGCAUCGCUCCAUUUGUGUCAAAGAUGGAUGAAAACGCUGUUAUGGAUGAGGAAGUGAUCAAAUCACUCUUUGAACAAGGCCUCAUGGGCAUCGAGAUCGACCCAGAAUACGGUGGCACCGGCACUUCCUUCUUCUCCUCCAUUCUGGUUAUCGAGGAGUUAGCGAAGGUGGAUCCAUCUGUGGCCGUUCUGUGUGACAUCCAGAACACACUGAUCAACACACUCUUCAUCAAACUGGGCACCCCAGCUCAGAAAGAGCAGUACCUCAGCCGACUGUCAACUGACAUGAUCGGAAGCUUCUGCCUUUCUGAAGCAGAGUCGGGGAGUGACGCCUUUUCUCUGAAGACACGUGCUGAGAAACACAAGGACUAUUUCAUCAUCAAUGGAUCCAAGAUGUGGAUCAGUAAUGCAGAGCACGCAGGUGUAUUCCUGGUGAUGGCCAAUGUGGACUUCUCUGCUGGAUACAAAGGUAUCACCUGCUUCAUCGUGGAUCGGGACACCGAGGGGCUCGAGAUCUGCAAAAAGGAGAACAAGCUCGGCCUGUGUGCGUCCUCUACCUGCCCGCUAAACUUUGACAAUGUCAAGGUGCCAGAGAAGAACAUUUUGGGACAGAUCGGUCACGGGUAUAAGUAUGCCAUCGGCAUGUUGAACGAGGGCCGGAUAGGAAUUGCAAGUCAGAUGCUUGGACUGGCACAGGGCUGCUUCGACCACACCAUUCCUUACACAAGACAGAGGGUACAGUUCGGACAACGUAUCUUUGAUUUCCAGGGCAUGCAGCACCAAAUUUCACAUGUAGCGACGCAGAUCGAAGCUGCACGGCUGCUGACGUACAACGCUGCACGUCUGAAGCAAGCCGGGAGACCUUUCAUUAAGGAGGCCUGCAUGGCUAAAUACUUCACUGCAGAGGUUGCAACACUAACCACAUCGAAGUGCAUCGAAUGGAUGGGAGGGGUCGGCUUCACUAAAGACUACCCCAUAGAGAAAUACUACAGAGACUGUAAAAUUGGCACCAUUUAUGAGGGCACGACGAAUGUUCAGCUUUCCAGUAUAGCCAAGUUCAUCGAUAAGGAGUACGACCACUAAACACUUCCAUCGGGAACGAGAACAAAUGCACUCUGCUGCUUUACACUCCAUAUCUUUUUUUAAAUAUGACUUUGGUGGGGUUAUUGCAGCAGCUGUGAAACGCUGUACCACUGCUUUCAUAGAGUUUCUUACAGUUACAACCUGUACACUUGUAAAGUAGAUCCCACUACUGCUGUUACUGAUGAAGUUAUAGUUCUCCUGCUUUGGGGUUGAACUUUUAAUGUUCCACUUGCCUUCUGUCAUUUAUUAGUUUUUAAAUAUGACAGUGUUCUUCAAUUGUACAUCUCUACAACUUUCCUCUUGGCCUCAUUUUUCUUCUGUUUACUGAGAUGUCAUGAUCAAUGAUUUCAGAAUGACUAUCUGUGUGUAGCAAUAUGAGAAUAGAUAAAGAUAUUAUUUUGGAAUUUAAUAUUUCAGUGCUUUCAGGAGGUUGGCUAUGACUCACAUCAGACAUCACAGUGCAUUGUUUUUGCAGGAUACUGCAAUGUAACACUUUCAUGCUUCGUAAAUACUGUUCAGUUCUUUGCUGUGAAAAUAAGACAAGGAAUCAAGUGUAAAGAGUGAUCUAUCAAAAUCAAUAAAUUUGUAAUAUGCUGUGAA